AUGUUUCUCAACACAGUUCUGGUGGUUGUGACAGACCUUUGGGCUGGACUGCUUGGUAGUGCCAUAUUCAGACACCCUUUUCACCUCCUGUUGUCAGGCUUGGUUCUGUUUGGACCAGCGCUGAGUCUGUGGGUGUCCAAGUACAGCAUCUUUGCAAACAGAAACCACUACCUCUGCAGGAUGUUCCUGUGAUCGUGCUGGGGUUGGGCCUGUGUCUUCAUGGGCUCCUUCCUUUUCUCCAUCUGUCGAUAACCCCCUCUCUCCCUUCACCACCUCUCACAGAUAGCUGUCAUGGGAGUGCUGUGGUGGUGCUGUCACCAUCUUCUGACUCUGCUGGAGAAUGCAGCAGGUAGCGGCUACAAGCCAAUGCCUGCUACACUGGAUGGGGGCCUGAAUCUGGGCCAGGGAACCAGUGUCCCAGGUCAGUCUUUACUCUUGCUCCAUGAGGGCAAGGCCUCAUGCCUGAAAGCGGGUAUGCUGUUGCGAGGCUGGGAGGUCUCCGAGGACACCCUCCUCCUCUGCUGCCUCCUCCUGGCUGAGGAGACUGCCAUAUUGGGGCCCUACCUGGCCCUAGGAGGUCCCUCAGAGGCCCCACCGUGCCUGCUCUUCCUGCUCUGUGUCUCCCUGCUGGGCUUGUGGCUGAUCAUGCCGUUCUGUCUGCUGGCUCACUUACCAAGGUUCCCCUCCCAGCUGCUGGGGGGAGCUCUAGGAUAUCUGGGCUGGAGGGGGCUGUAGCAGGGCUGGUAUCAUUUGCAACCUAGCUGAUGCUGUCCUGGGUGGCCUGGAGAGGGACUACUCACCACUACUCAGAGAGCAGUGAGAGAGAGGUCCAUGACGUGUGGAGGCACUGACCAAAAAAUGUCUUAGGAUAAGAAUGGUUGUUGACACUCCACAGCAAAAAAAGGCUCUGCCUGAUAUUUUAUAAAAACUAAGUUAUGAUUUUUGCUUGCGCUUUUCUGGUGCUUUAUAUUCAAUAGGAUAACUCCUAACACCAAUAAGAUCGAAUUGGAUAACAGGACGAUGACAUACAUUACCACAGGAUGGAGUAAAGUCUCAAAUUUUUCACGUUUCCUAAACAAAAUAUUUAAAUACUUUCAAAUCUCACCUUGAGGCAAAAAAA